AUGGCAGAGGAUCAGUCUCAGUCUCAACCUCAGUCGCCUGUCCAGAAGGGGCAUUCCCUCACCACUCCAGCGCACUUUCUACACUCCCCCGGUGGGCACGGUGCGCCGCGCAUACCCCAAACUAUCGCUCAUCGCGGCUAUAAGGGGAAAUUCCCUGAGAAUACCAUCGUAGCCAUCGAGGGCGCUAUCCAAGCAGGCACCCAUGCCUUGGAGCUCGACUUGCACCUUUCCCGAGAUGGAGUGGUUGUGCUAUCCCACGACGCAACGUUGCGGCGAUGCUAUGGUAUCAAGAAAAAGAUCACCGACUGUGACUGGGCCUAUUUGAACACCCUACGCACCUUGCGGGCGCCACAUGAGCCCAUGCCCCGGCUGGUGGAUGUCCUUGAAUAUCUCCGGCAGCCAGGGCGAGAACACAUUUGGGUCCUGCUCGACAUCAAAGUUAGCAGUGAUCCGGUGGCCAUGAUGCAGCGCAUCGCCGAAACAAUUGAAUCAGUGCCCAUCCCCGCCGUAGGACCAGACUGGCACCGCCGAAUCGUCCUCGGUUGUUGGUCGGCUCGAUACCUGCCUCUGCGUGACAAGUAUUUGCCGCGCUAUGAAAUGACCUUGAUAUGCUUUGACCUGAGCUAUGCCCGGCAAUUCCUGCAGGUGCCGCGAGUUUCCUUCAACGUCAACCAGAGGAUCCUGAUGGGUCCGCUGGGUCGUGGGUUCCUGGAGGAGGCACGCGCUGCCCGUCGCCGAGUCUAUCUCUGGACGGUCAACGCACCGAAUCUGAUGCGCUGGGGCAUUCGACAUGAGGUGGAUGGGGUCAUCACGGAUGAUCCCGCUCUAUGCCGGAACGUUUGUGAGGAAUGGGACAGGGGACAGAGAGCUAGAACAAGUGUUUCACCGGAUAUACUUUCGGAUGAGUUGUCCUGGGGCCAGCGAGCGCAGAUCUUGGUCGCGACCUUAUUUGUCCUGCUGUUUGGCUGGGUUCUCAAACGCAAGUACCUACUGCCUGUUGAGCGCAUCCAGUUUGAGGAGCGCAAGAUUGCAUGA